AGGCACCUGUGAUAAAUGGCCGGCAGUUUCCUUUCACAGCGUCCGCUGCUGAUGAUGGAUUCGCGGAAACGUAUCACUGAGGCUGCUGUUCUUCAUCAACUCGCCGAGCUUACCGACCGAGCCGGUUUCAUUUCUCCGUUGUGGUUCUCCUACAACCUGGCGCGCCGCAGCAACUUCAAUCUCAAGCCCCAAACUGUUCCUGUUAAUGUCUGGCAUCCUCUCUGCGGGAACGCAUUCUGUGCAGCCCAUCCAGCACAUUCUACAUGCAUUUUUCCGACCGAAGAAACCGUCGAAACGCCUGCCACCGGCGGUAACCAACUGUACGUUCUUUCGGAUCUAGCUUAUAAGAAGUACACAUGGGUCUCCGUGUGUCCCUCGAUCUCACAGUUCUUUCAGACUCCACGUAGCAUGAUGGCACCGCCAUACUAUUGGGUGCCUACCCGACUGAGUCGUAUUGUGCCGGUGUAUGUUGCGCAGUCCAUUACCCUUCCGCCGUUUCUGACACUCGUCAACCUUGAUCAACUGGAGGAGUCACGGGGUUUAACGGAUAUGCUUCAGCGAGUGUCUUCGCCAAGGUGA